AUGGACUCCGGCGCAACAACGGCAGAUUCCCCGUCCCUCCCAUGGCGGGCCAUGUCCAACAUGACCAUGUGGGGAGUGGCCGGGUUGUGUCGCGCAUUCUUGUCGGCAUUGAACAGUGCGGAGGUUCAUGGUGGCGAGGCCUUUGCGGCUCUGCUGGACUCGAGGCAGGAUCCAUCGCAAAGGUCAAAGGGUUUGAUUACAGUCUCGAACCAUAUCAGCGUUAUGGACGAUCCGUUAAUCUGGGGACUGCUUCCCGCGCGCUUCUGGAACAAGAGAUGGUCAUUUGGCAGUCAUGAUAUCUGCUUCCAGGGCAGGCCCCUCUCCCUCUUCUUUGCCCUGGGACAAGUCCUGCCGACGCAUCGUCUCGCGCAUUCCCAAUUUGGUGGUCUAGGCCAACCUGCAAUCACACAAGCCAUCCGACUCUUGUCGAAGGGUCCUUUCCCGGUCGAUCAUCACCGUGCCACUCCCGAGCUCCAGCAUUUCAGCCUGCAGAACGUCUGCAUUGAUCCCUUCUCCGAUCUCUCCAUUGCAUAUACUACCCACGGCGAUGAUGCGCAUAUGGCACCUUCUGCGUUCGCGUGCAACUCUCACUCGUGGGUUCACAUUUUCCCCGAGGGCAAGAUCCACCAGGCACCACGCAAGACCAUGCGCUACUUCAAGUGGGGUAUUGCGCGCCUCAUCCUAGAGGCGAACGAGUGUCCUGACGUGGUCCCUAUGUGGAUUGAGGGCAUUGACGAUAUCAUGCACGAGAGUCGCGAGUUCCCCCGAUUCCUCCCUCGCCCUGGCAAGAAGGUCAGCGUCACGUUCGGCUCCAAGGUGGACACCGAGGAAGUUUUUGGAGAAAUGCGCUCCCGCUGGCAGAAGCUCAGGGCUAAGGUCGAGAAGAAAGAUGCUCAAUCUCGAGACUUGGCCUUUGGUGUUCUGAGUGACGAGCUGUUGAACAACAAGGAAGCAGUUGAGUUGCGCAAAGAAGUCACCCUGAAGAUCAGAAACCUCGUUCUUGAUGUACGACGGUCGCGAGGUCUUCCCGAUGAAGAUCCGAAAGAGGGUCUCGUCGAGACAUGGCUUGAGGAGGGCCCUCAGCGGGAGGGCCAUAUGAAGGAUGAUUCUUGGGUUCGAGAUAUUUGA